GACUCGUAGCAGCAGGGCAGGCAGGCAGGCAGGCCGUCCGUGUUGUGCGCCGAGCCGGUUCCGUGGAGGUUGUGUUGCGCCGCUGCGAUCGUGCCGUGUGGGUUUGUGCCGUCCGAGUGUGUUCGAUUUUUUUCGCGUUUAUGCAGCGCGCUGCACGCGCGUGCUCUCGAGUGAACGGUGCGCUGUGUCGCGGAGUGUUUCAGUGCUUCAUUUCUAGCCCCAGAGUUGGAUUAACCGCAGACAAACUUCCCUCGGAGCGGUCCCGCCAUGGACCUGGAAAGCUUGUCGGCGGACGAGUUUAGCCUGGAGGAUCAGGAUUUUUACGAAUCGCACCCUCGUCCCUUCAAGAUGUCGGGGAGCUCAAAGCCGAUACGGAAAGUGAAGUUCGACCUGGACCUUCCCCAGGUGAUGAAGGUGGAGUCUCACCACGAUGAUGCCGUCCUGGAUUCCCGAGGAUCUCGCGGCAGUAUGCAGAAGGUGCCGUCCCUCUCUGACCUGUCCGACCCCGAGAGCUCGCUAGGACACCCCGUGUCGCUUGUUCAGCGCAAUGACAACCCGGCGCAAGUGCCGCCGCUCACCCCGGGGACCAACAAGAAGAAUCCUCGCGAAUGGUCCGAGAAGCACGUCAACUUCUGGCUGCGCUGGGCCAUGAGCGAGUUCUCCCUGGAGGGGGUGCCGCUUCAACAAUUCGGCAAGGGGCGGGACAUCUGCCAGAUGGGAAAAGAGAGUUUCCUACAACGCACCCCGCCCUUUGUCGGAGAUAUAUUAUGGGAACACCUUGAAAUCCUACAAAAGGAUGUGGAGAAGGAGCGCGCCUGCGGGGAGGUGGGCGCCGGCCUCAUCGAGUCCGUGCCGGACUUGACUGAUCUCCUGGCCGGGCACCACCACAAUAAUAACAAUAGCCCUGCGCCGCCCGGGCCGCCCUCCGUGGCCGGCAGCCACCCGGGCACGCCCGCGCCCCCGCAGCACCACUACAUGGAGGGUGGCUACGGUCACAUGCGCAGCCCCGACUGCCGAGAUGAGUCGACGCCACCUCCCAGCAGCCACUCCUACCUCCACCUUAGGAAUCCAAAUCAAUCUAUGUACCCUAUUAAGACAGAAGGUUAUGGAUCUCACCUCCCCGCCGAUGGCAUGGGCAUGGGCCUGGGCGGGGGAGGCGGCGCGGGCUCGGGGUCGGGGGCAGGCACGCCGGGGGCCGAGGAAGGCCCCGUGAGCUACGUGGUGCCCUCCUCGCAGCCCACACAGCCCACCACCGCCACCGCCCCCCAGAGCAACGCGCCGAUACCUUACGAGCGGUCCGAGAGCGAGUACCCGUCUCUGGACGGCAGCCACCACCCGUCCGGGUACAUGGACUCGAGCCCCGAGUUGUACGCGCACCAAAGCCUCGCGGACCAGAAGUACCACGUGCAGAACUACCACAAGAGUUACCCCAGAGCGCGUUAUCAGGACGGCUACGGCGACUAUAGUUCACACUACGACGCGUCGCCCUUCCAGACUGUACCCAACGGCGUCGCGGGCGGCGUCGGUGCGGCCGGAUCUGGAGCGUCGCCCGCGACGGGGGCGGGGAUGGGGGCGGCGGACCACUGGUCCAGCGGCGAGGCGGCCGGAGACCUCCACUCGCACCCCGCCUUCAUCCACCACUCCCACUCGGGCCUGUCGGCCCUCAGGGACCCCCUGAGAGACCCCCUGAGGGACUCACUGAGGGACCCUUUCGGCAUGGGCCCCGCGCAGGAUAUGAAGCCCAUGCUUCAAACGUCCAUGUUGGGCUACGGCGGGCUCAACGAGAACCCAGGUAGCGGACCCUGUUUCACUGGGUCAGGACCAAUCCAGCUGUGGCAGUUUCUCCUAGAACUGCUCACCGACAAGUCAUGCCAGAGCUUCAUCUCCUGGACCGGGGACGGUUGGGAGUUCAAGCUCACAGACCCAGAUGAAGUUGCGCGCCGCUGGGGUAUCCGCAAAAAUAAACCCAAAAUGAACUAUGAGAAGCUUAGCCGAGGGCUUCGGUAUUACUAUGACAAAAAUAUUAUUCAUAAGACUUCAGGCAAGCGGUAUGUCUACCGCUUUGUGUGUGAUCUACAAAGCUUGCUGGGAUAUUCGCCAGAGGAGCUUCAUGCAAUGGUUGAUGUUAAGGCUGAUAAUAGAGACGAUGAUUAGUCUGCUGUUGACUUUGCGUUAAACAAAUAAGACUUCACUCAUCCAACAUUUGACAUUUGUGAUUUUAACUGAUGCAGAUUGCCGGUUAUUUGCCAGCUGGCAUUUUAGUGGAUGUAAUCAAGGCUUUCUCUGAAGCAUGAGUUGUGAUUGUUUCAGUUUCCCUGUCAUUGUAAUUAUUACCUCAAAUGGUCAUUUUGCACAUUUUAAUUGAAUAUUUUCACAUCAUGAUUUUUUAAUUAUUACCUACUUUUUUAUUUUAUAAAGAAAGACAAUGAGACUUGAUUUUGUUAGUGAGAAAAUUCCACAUACUGAGGCUAUGAUAUUAAUGCAUAUCAAAAUGUGUUAAUAUAAAUUUGGUUAUUAUUUGUUUGCUCUCUGCUGGCCUGGGCUGAAUCUGUAGUGUAAAUACCUGGCUCAUUUUAUAUUUUGUGAUCUUGGAAGUAUCCAGUAAACAUGCCCUCUUUGUGGUAGAAAAAUGUGAAGUUAACAUGUGAUUCAAAUGAUUUUCUUCCUUGUUUUAUCUAGUUGCUCUUCAAGCUUUGUUUGUAAGAGUGUUGUAUUAUAAACACAGUGUUGGCUGUAAGAUGAAAGAAUGGACUUGUUGGAUCCUGUGUGUAAAUGGUAUGAUAACUGUAGUGUUAUGAAGUUUGUUAGUAACUUCAAUAAUCAUUGUUACAAUAAUUGCAAUACAGAGUAUUAUGUUUUGCUAAUGUGUUUUAAAAGUACCAAACUCUUUUAUAAUAAAAAUAUGAACAUAUCGUAUAUGUUAUUAAAAAAAAUUAAAGAAAGUUCUGUUGUAUUAUAAUUUGUACCUUCAUCGUCAUUGUUUCCGUUGUCAUAUUUUGUGCAUCUAUUACAAACCAACCUUUAAUGAUGUAAAACAUUUCAAAGAAAAUGUUUUUAUCAUAAAUUAUUUACGUCAUGUUGAAAUUAUUAAAAUAAAGACAUUUCUGACAGAUCA